GUUGAUCGCUCGAGCGGGCUGAACAAUGACUGCCCGAGAGGAUGGUGUGAAUCUGGACGAAUGAGUGAUUUAACAUAAGCACUGCACAGCGCGCUGUUUCGUACGCUUUUUUCUCAACAAACCCCAUGAAUAUGUGGAUUCCUACGGAACACGAGAAAUACGGAGUCGUGCUGGCCAGUUUUCGAGGAACGGUGCAGCAUGGCUUGCCUUUGGAGAUCGGUGACACGGUGCAGAUCCUGGAGAAAUGUGAAGGUUGGUACAGAGGAUUCGUCCUCAAGAACCCGAAUGCCAAGGGCAUUUUCCCAUGCAGCUACAUCCAUCUGAAGAAUGCUCAUAUCAAGAAUAAAGGGCAGUUUGAGACGGUAGUGCCGACCGAAGACUCUGUCAUUACGGAGAUGACGUCCACCCUGAGGACCUUUUUGCAGCUGGGUUUGGACCUGGUACCCAGGAGGGAGUUCAGCAUGGUGGACCCGGAUGAAAUCAGCGUCACCGAGCUCUACCGGCUGAUGGAGAAUCGGCAACGGAAGAAGGAAACUCCGACUCCUGUCAGCACACAUCACCUGUUUGUCCAUUUGAAGAGUCUGAUGAGCUCAAACCUGGGUGAAGACCUGGAGGUCUUCUUCUUCAUCUAUGAUAGUCGAGAGAACAAACCGCUCAGUGAAAGGUUCUUUGUUAAACUCAAUAAAAACGGUCUGCCCAAGUUUCCAGAGAAGACCGAAAGACAAUGCACACUUUUUGUGGAUCUGGGCAGCGGCGACCUGAGAAAAGACGUGUAUAUUGUCGUACACAUCAUUAGGAUUGGGAGGAUGGGUGCAGGAGAGAAGAAGAACACGUGUAAUGUGCAGUACAGACGUCCAUUCGGCUGUGCUGUGGUCAGCAUCGCUGAUCUUCUCACUGCUGACUCUAAAGACGACCACCUGCUGAAGGUCUAUGCUUGCAACACAGAAAGUGACUGGAGUCAAAUACACGACAACAUCAUUAAGAAAGUCAACUCCAGAUACAACCUCUCAGGCUCCAACACAGGUCUGGCGGUGGCACUUCAGUUGCUACACGGCGACAUUGAACAGCUGCGAAGAGAAUAUAUGGUGCUUUUUACCAGAGGAGUGUCCAUCACCAAAAAACUGGGCUUCUCUGAUGUCAUCAUGCCAGGUGAGAUGAGAAAUGAUCUGUACAUAACGCUGGAGAAGGGCGAGUUCGAGAAGGGAGGGAAGAGCGUGGCGAGGAACGUUGAAGUCACCGUCUACGCGCUGGACGCCGAUGGACAGAUCCUCAAGGGGUUUGUGGCCGUGGGCUCAGGCGAGCCGGGCGGAGACGAGUAUCACGCCUUUGUGCUUUACCACAACAACAGCCCGCGGUGGGCGGAGCUAAUCAAGCUGCCCAUCCCAGUCGACAUGUUCCGGGGCUCUCAUGUCCGCUUCGAGUUCCGCCACUGUUCCACAAAAGACAAGGGGGAAAAGAAGCUGUUUGGCUUCUCAUUCGUUCCUCUAAUGCAGGAAGACGGGCGGACUCUGCCCGACGGCACCCACGAGCUCAUCGUUCAUAAGUGUGAAGAGAACGCUAACCUGCAAGACUGUGCUCGCUACCUCAAACUGCCCUUCUCGAAAUCAGAUCUGCCCGGCAACAACCAAACUAUGAAAGGCACUAAGGAAUCCCUAUGGAUCACAUCAUUCCUCUGUUCUACCAAACUCACUCAGAACGGUGACAUGCUGGACUUACUGAAGUGGAGAGCCCAUCCGGAGAGAAUCAGUGACAGCCUGUCUAAACUCAAAGAGAUCGAUGGCUCAGAAAUAGUUAAGUUUUUACAGGAUACACUGGACACGCUUUUCGGCAUUUUGGACGAGAGCUCUCAGAGAUAUGCACUCAAGGUGUUUGAUUGUCUGGUGCACAUUAUAAACUUGCUCCAGGACAGCAAGUUUCAACAUUUUAAACCAGUCAUGGACACCUACAUUGAAAGCCACUUUGCAGGAGCCCUGUCAUACAGGGAUCUGAUCAAGGUGCUGAAGUGGUACGUGGACCGCAUUAUUGAAGCGGACCGUCAGGAACACAUCCAACAGGUGCUAAAGGCGACGGAGUAUAUUUUUAAGUAUAUUAUCCAGUCGCGGCGGCUGUUUGCGCUCGCCACGGGCGGACAGAACGAGGAGGAGUUCCGCUGCUGUAUGCACGAGCUUUUCAUGUCCAUCCGCUUUUUCCUCUCGCAGGAGAACAAGGGCUCACGGCCCAUCACACAGACACAGGCAGUGUUUUUGCAGUCGUUCCCGGCUGUGUACGGGGAGCUGCUGAAGCUCUUUACGGUCAGGGAAGUGGCCACAUUUAUACGGGAGACAUUGGGCAGCCUCCCCACUGCGUCCCAGGCCGACUGCCCCCUGGAGGCCGUCAAGCUGCACUGCAUUGCCAAAACUGUAGAGAGCCAGCUCUACACAAACCCUGAGUCUAGAUGUAUCCUGCUCCCGGUGGUGCUGCGUUUGCUCCAGGCUCACAUGCAGGAGCAGCGAGAUCUCAUCAUGUGUGCUCACAUACUCACCUGCAUGCUGUCUCUCCUCAAGAAGAACGACACGGAGCCAGCCGCAUCCGAAGAGGUGGAUCUGAUCGUGGAGAGUGUUUUGGGUGUGUUACUGCGGACCAUAUUGGAAAUCGCUAACCGGCCACAACCAGCAGGGCCUACGCUACGGCCCCAAGUUCAAGACGUUACGGGCGAGUUUGUGACGUGUCUUUUGGCUCUGUUGAGGCAUAUGAAGGACAGACACUACCAGCAACUCCUGAAGAGAUUCACCAGUAAAGACGAGCUGCGGGACUUUCUCCUGCAUAUCUUCACUGUGUUUCGGAUCCUGAUACGACCAGAGAUGUUUCCCAAAGACUGGACGGUCAUGCGGCUCGUCACUAACAACAUCAUCAUCACCACGGUGCUCUACCUGUCAGACGCUUUAAGAAAAAACUUCCUCAAUGACAAGUUUGACUAUAAGGUGUGGGAUUCCUACUUCUGCCUGUCUGUUAUAUUCAUCAACCAGCCCUGCCUUCAGCUCGAGACCUUCUCUGCGUCAAAGAGGAAGAAAAUACUGGAAAAGUACGGAGACAUGCGUGUCAUGAUGGGAUGUGAGAUCUUUAGCAUGUGGCAGAAUUUAGGAGAGCACAAGCUGAACUUCAUCCCAGCGAUGAUCGGCCCGUUCCUGGAGGUGACGCUGGUGCCUCAGCCGGACCUGAGGAACGUGAUGAUCCCCAUCUUUCACGACAUGAUGGACUGGGAGCAGCGCCGGAGCGGCAACUUCAAACAGGUGGAGGCAAAACUUAUCGACAAGCUGGACAGCCUGAUGUCAGAGGGGAAAGGAGACGAAACGUACAGAGAGCUCUUCAACAGCAUAAUUCCUUUGUUCGGUCCAUAUCCUAGUCUGUUGAAGAAGAUUGAGAGAGAGACGUGGAGAGAAAGCGGGAUAUCCCUUAUAGCCACGGUCACACGGCUGAUGGAGCGACUGCUGGACUAUAGAGACUGUAUGAAGUUGGGGGAAGUGGAUGGAAAAAAGAUUGGCUGUACAGUCAGUCUGCUGAACUUCUACAAAACAGAGCUGAACAAAGAGGAAAUGUACAUCCGCUACAUUCACAAGCUGUAUGACCUGCAUCUGAAAGCACAGAAUUACACAGAGGCCUCAUAUACACUUCUACUGUAUGACGAGCUGCUGGAAUGGUCCGAGAGACCCUUGCGGGAGUUUCUAAGUUACCCGAUGCAGAGCGAGUGGCAGAGGAAGGAGUAUCUGCACCUCACCAUCAUCCAAAACUUUGACCGUGGAAAGUGUUGGGAGAAUGGCAUCAUCCUGUGCAGAGAGUUAGCGGACCAGUACGAAUCCUACUAUGAUUAUAGAAACCUCAGCAAAAUGAGGAUGAUGGAAGCUUCGUUUUAUGAUAAAAUAAUGGACCAACAGCGUCUGGAGCCAGAGUUCUUCAGAGUGGGCUUCUACGGCAAGAAGUUCCCCUUCUUUCUACGGAAUAAGGAGUUUGUGUGCCGUGGUCAUGACUACGAGCGUCUGGAGGCAUUCCAGCAGCGCAUGCUCAAUGAGUUCCCUCAUGCCAUCGCAAUGCAACACGCCAACCAGCCUGACCAGACCAUCUACCAGGCUGAAGCCCAAUAUCUGCAGAUUUAUGCUGUCACACCAAUCCCAGAUAGCCAGGACGUCCUGCAGCGUGAUGGCGUCCCUGACAACAUCAAGAGCUUCUAUAAGGUCAACCAUAUCUGGAGGUUUCGCUACGACCGCCCGUUUCACAAGGGCACCAAAGACAAAGAAAAUGAGUUUAAGAGCUUGUGGGUAGAAAGAACAACGUUAACGCUUGUUCAGAGUCUCCCAGGCAUCUCACGCUGGUUUGAAGUGGAGAGGAGAGAGCUGGCAUUCUUCGUGAAGGACUACAUCAUGAAUCACCCCGAAGACGGAGACAAAAUCGUCCGUCUCCGAGAGCUCAUUCCCCUCAGCUACCCAGCAGUCAACCGCUACUCUUCAUCCUCGCUUUCGUCGCAGGCCUCCAAUGAGGUGAGCAACAUCACGGGCCAAUCAGAGAGCUCAGAUGAAGUCUUCAACAUGCAGCCAAGUCCGUCUACCUCAAGUCUCAGUUCCAAUCACUCGGCCUCUCCCAACGUGACCAGCUCGGCUCCGUCCAGUGCCAGAGGUUCUCCACAGUUGUCGGAUAAACGCAAGCAUUCCAGAGAGAACUGCCUCUCGCCACGGGAGAGACCCUACAGCGCCAUAUAUCCAAAUCCCCUGGAUCCCGCACAGAGGCCGGUUCCACACCCAGCGGGCGACGCUUCCUUGCCUCGCAGUGACCCCAACAUCUCCACCCCCGAUAAAGUGGUGAAGCCUGCACCAAGUAGCUGGAGUCUAGACACGCCGCUCUCUGAUUUUAAUGGAAAGUGUCCCCCUGUCCCUCCUAGACCACCGUACUCAGGAUCUCCUGCCAAGACUACACGAUCACAGUCCCCCGUGAUGACAUUACGCUCACCGCAGAAGACCUCUGCGCCUCCGUUCACCCCCUCACCCACAGAGUGCCAGUCGACAGGGUUGAUGUCGAAUUCUCCGGUGCUUUCUGGAAGCUACAGCAGCGGUAUCUCGUCUCUCAGUCGCUGCAGCGUCUCUGAGGCCUCCGGAACUGAGAACACACCCGCUGACCAUGCCCUCCCAAACUCCGCCUCCAGCGGAUCAGACGAGCUUAUUCGGCGGGAGAACAAGACCCCGCCUCCUUACAGCAUACACGAGCGGAACAACCCCCGCAGGCAGAUCCCGCUUCCACCGAGCCUUUCGAUUCCUCCAAGCAUCGACGCACCACCUAUUCCACCCAAACCGCACCAGAUUCGAAGGCAAGACACUGAGCCACGCCGGCCUGACCAGUUUCCCAGACCCCGGCCCCUUCCCAGGAAAGUCUCACAGCUCUAACGCCGCGCCCUUCACUCCAACCCCACCGUUUGCACUUUUACACUUAACCUCUCUGGGUUUACGAAUACAAACUCACAAAUUAGAUUAAAUGUAUAAAGUAGACUGUGGAAUAUUUUUAUUAUAUAUAUAUAUUUAGAGUGAGAGAGGGGAUACAGGGGUAUGACUGCAUUUUAUGCACUUUUUAGGUCAGAAAUUAUAACUUCACUUGUCAAAUUACCCGAGCCCCUGAAUUAACUCUAAACAGAACUAAGUACCAUGGUAUUUUCUCAGAUUUUUCAUAGAUUUAUCAAUGCUAAUGUGUGUUUAUAAUGGUUGAUACAAGACAUGUUUGCCUUAAGAGUCUUUUUAUCAAUGAGAAAUGCGCGAUUAAAAGUACUUUGUACUUUUUAUUUAGACAAAAGGUGCUAAAAGUCAUCUAUAUUAAUGUUAGCACGAUAUGUUCAGGAUUGCAUUUUCCUUCAGGUUUAAGGCCUGUUCGCACCGAAUGCGAGGAAAAAUGUGGGGUAAAAUAAUGAAAUAUUACCACAUUCAUGGACUUAAGAAUUUAAAAAUUUAUUAUUUAUUGCAGAUUUGCAUUAAAUUCACUUUCCUGCAUUGUCAUUAUAUAUAUGUAUAUAUAUAUUGUGCAUGAGGCGACUAAAACGGCACCUUUGCACAAAUUCCAAUGUGCCCUGUGGCUUUAUAUUUAUGCACAUUUAUUAUAUAUGCACAUAUUUUAUUAGCGGACUUUCAAAGGAGACUGGGUUUAUGUCUGUAUUACAAAGGGUUCACAAACUGGAACCACUUACAUAUGUUAUUUUCGUGUUCAAAAAAGGGUGUGCAAUUCCAGUACAGAGGUUAAAAGGCUUAAAUGCCACCAAUGUGCUGGACUGUGCAGCUGCAGUGUUGACUCUGUAAAUUAAAAAAAAAAACAUGUAUGUCAUUGCUCAGCCAGUUAUAUUUGCAGUCUGAUGUGAAAAAAACGUUCCGCACUCGGAAAGAAGUUUGCACUCGGUGUGAAUAGGUCUUUAGAAAGGUCACUGCUUUUGUAAGACCAAGUUACCGUAAUCUCAUUUCUUAUUACUAAAAAUACACACACACAGAGCUUUCAUGGGUUCGAUGAAUUAGAAAAGUUUCACCGUUUGAAC